CACGUAUUGAGUAAAAUAUCUAUGUGAUGAUGAAUUCCUAUCCAAAAUGAAAUUUGCAUCUCUAUAAAAGUAUCAUUCAAGAGAUCAUUAAUCUUCAUCGAUCAAAGUCUUGAAUAUUUCAUCUAUAUAUACCUAAGAAAGAAAAGAGUUAAAGAAGUAUAUUUUCGAUUCAAAGAAGAAAAAUGAAUUCUCACCAGAAUCAAACCGGAGUGCAAAAGAAGGGAAUAACGGAGAAAAUCAUGGAGAAGCUACCAGGUCAUCAUGGACCUACUAACACUGGUGUUGUUCACCACGAGAAGAAAGGGAUGACGGAGAAAGUUAUGGAGCAGCUGCCAGGUCAUCAUGGUGCUACUGGUACCGGUGGUGUUCACCACGAGAAGAAAGGAAUGACGGAAAAAGUUAUGGAGCAGCUGCCAGGUCAUCAUGGAUCACACCAAACUGGAACCAACACAACUUAUGGUACUACUAACACUGGUGGUGUUCACCACGAGAAAAAAAGUGUGACCGAAAAAGUUAUGGAGAAACUACCAGGUCAUCAUGGGUCACAUCAAACUGGGACUAACACGGCUUAUGGUACUAACACUAAUGUCGUUCACCAUGAGAAAAAAGGUAUAGCAGAAAAGAUUAAAGAGCAACUGCCAGGUCAUCAUGGAACUCACAAAACUGGAACCACCACAAGUUAUGGUAAUACUGGCGUUGUUCACCAUGAAAAUAAAAGUACGAUGGAUAAGAUUAAAGAGAAGCUUCCCGGUGGUCAUCACUAGAUUGAUUAACAACUUGUUUAAGCUUAUUUUAAGUAUUUGUGUGGUGUAAUAAUAUGAUGAUGUGGCUUUCUUUCAUUGAGUCGCUAAAUAAUAUAUGUAAGUGAUGGAUCUUUGAAUUAAUAUAAAAUAUCUACUUCUGGUUUCGUUUAUUUAUCUUUCUAUCGCUUCAACUAUUCCAUGUUAUUAAAAUACUUGUGAGUUGUGA